UGUCACGCAUUUUCCACGGAAAAAAAUCAAGUCCCCACGCAGUGCUGUCACCUAACGUUGAGUGAAAUUACAAUCGUAGUAGCACAUUCAUUGCACCAACUCACUUCAGCAGAAGAAAUGAUCUGCCAGCCGGAAACCGUCCAGUUCCGCGCAAACAUCUGCGAUAUACAACCUCCAAGAUUGCGAGACUGCCUUGUAUUGAGCAGGACUGUGCGAAUACGGCGAUCGUGUCAGCUCAGUCAUACCCUCCGUCAAAUAAUGCUUCAUCAUGGAAAUGCGUUCCAGGACAUCAAUCGUGUCGGGGUACGCCGCAUCCGCUGCCUCCGCUGCCUUAAGCCACGCGGACUCGAAAGAAGCUUCCGAAACCACCCAAUUCGCGCCCGACGGCGGCGAGGGAAGCUCAAUACCGGGACUCACGCGCCAGCUCGACCACCCGAGCGCGAGCGACAUAUGCCCGGUCAGGAUUCGCUGCACGUGGAUCUCAGCGAGGCCACUCCCUGUGUCGAUUUCUAG